AGAUACCGGAAGUGGAUCUCUCUCUAUCAUCCAUGAACACGCUGUAGGUACAUAUCUAGCUCAUUUGCCAGUACGUUUCCCCAACCCCCAAAAGAAAAGAAAAAACAUCCAGCUCGGAUGGCCGAGCAGGGGAGCAAGAUGCCGAGCUGGUGGAGGAGGUUCCGGUGGCUAUACGCGGCGCGGUGCAUGGUGGCGUGCGUGGUCACCCUGGUGGCCGUGGCAGUGAUCGUUCGGGCGGUGGUGGUGAUGCUCCGCCCCGAGAAGCUCCAGCUGAAGCUCGCCGGCGGCCGCGUGGCUGUCGACUACAUCCCGUCGCUGCCGCCACCGCGCAACGUCGUGGUCUUUACGGUCGUCCUCAGGGCCAACAACCCCGGUGGGCGCGCCACCAUUGUUUACGCCAACGUCACCGUCCGGCUCACGGACGCGGCGGCGGCACCUGCUGCAAGGAUCACCGAGUUCGAUCUGCCGCAGCCCAUCGACGUGGCGCAGCGUAUGGCGCACGAGGCGAGCGCGGUGGCCCGGCUGGAGCCGCCGGAGGACCUGCCGAUGCGGUACGUUCGCGCGCUCUACGAGGGGCGCGGCGUGUCCGGCGCGGAGAUGGAGCUGAGCGGGGUCCUGUCCACCCACACGGCGAUGGCCACCACCAGCGUCAUCACCACGUACUACUGCUGGCCGGUGACCAUCGCCGUCGGCCCGAGCGACGACGCCGCCGACGUGCCCUGCUUCGACAAGCUGGACGCGCCGGCCCAUGUGUGAUCAAUCAAGCGGGCGGGCAAGGCUACAGAUCGACCUAGCUAGCUUGGUACCCAAUGCCAUGUAGACUGUAGUAGGCUCGAUGAUCCGUUCAUGGUUGAUGCCUGCCACGCCGAGUUAUUUGCGUUGAAUUAACUCUAGCUGCAGUGCAGCAGUGUGAGUAUGAAUAUAUACAUUUACCUGCCUGCCGAGUCUCUCGUUGUGACAUUU